ACAGGUUCUCCCGCACACAGCUCGCGGCCGGGCACUGCGGAGAUGCCGGGCCGGGGCCCAGGGUCCGACUGGACAGAGAGCAGCUCUUCCGCAGGGCCGCCCGCAGCGGCUGGGACCGAGGGUGGCGGCGGCGGAUCAGCUGGACAUUCUUACUACCAGAAUUCUAAAGGUACUGAUAGAAUCAAAGAUGGACACAAAAUGGACUCACACAUAGCCAAGCUGCAAGAGGUAUGGAAAACUCCUCAAAUUCAAAGAAUUCACAUGCCUAAGUCAAUGAUGGAUGAUGCAUCCUUUCUAAAGCAUCCAGACCUCACCAUAAUCCAGAAGCGGUAUCUGUGCAGUAUUGCUAAGAUGUACAAUGCAAACUAUCUGAAGGCGUUAAUGAAGAGGCAGUAUAUGCAUGUGAUUCAGCGCAGCCCACCAAAGCCAGGUGUCCUCAUUCAUCACAGGAGCCGCCUCGGCUCUCAUUACUCACAGAAACAGCAUUAUCCCUGCACUACAUGGCGUCACCAGCUGGAGAGAGAGGACAUGGGGCCUUCUGACAUUGUAGCUGCAUCUGCACCUGAAAUGAUCAUACAGCAUUCCCUUUGGCGACCAGUCAGAAACAAAGAAGGGUUAAAAACUGGAUAUGCAUCUAAAACAAGAUGUAAGUCACUGAAGAUUUUUAGAAGACCAGGCAAACUGUUCAUGCAACCAGAAGAGAUGAAAGAACUAAAGGAAAAUGGAGAGACACUGAAGAUAUAA